UGAAGUGGGAUCUACCCCCGGAGGCUCCGCAGAUCAACUGUCGACGAGCUGAGAGGAGGGUUCAGUCCGAAGCAGAGGCUUUCUCCGAAGAUGUGAAGAUAAACACCGCGUUUCACCCCACAGCAGCUCGUGUACACGUUUUAACUGAAGAGGGGGAAGCCUGUGUUUUUUCAUUUAGUAAAUGCAAUUUGGCGCAGCGACACACUCGCGAUUUUCUUUCUUUCCUUUUUUGCAUUUAUGAGCGAUCGCUAUGCCAGUUCGGUCCACAUCCGGGCCACAAUGCUUUGACUCCAUUAUUGUCUAAAACUGGCGGAGAGGUUGAAAAACCUUUUUAUUUUUAUUAUAUUUUUUUUUUACACCUAGCGACACAUUUUAACUACGCGCAGUGAGGGCUUGGAUCAAGAGGAGAUGUCUAACCAAGGAGUUCGGCGGAAUGGCCCCGUGAAGCUGCGAUUAACAGUCCUGUGUGCCAAAAACCUUGUGAAGAAGGACUUCUUCCGCCUCCCUGAUCCCUUUGCCAAGGUAGUUGUGGACGGGUCAGGACAAUGCCACUCUACAGACACUGUGAGGAACACGCUUGACCCCAAGUGGAACCAGCACUAUGAUCUAUACAUUGGAAAGUCGGACUCCAUCACCAUCAGUGUGUGGAAUCACAAGAAGAUUCAUAAGAAGCAGGGUGCUGGCUUCCUGGGCUGUGUCCGCCUUCUCUCUAAUGCCAUCAACCGCCUUAAAGACACAGGCUAUCAGAGACUAGACUUAAACAAGUUGAGCCCCAACGACAGUGACACAGUGAGGGGUCAGAUAGUAGUGAGCCUGCAGUCGAGGGACCGCAUUGGCACAGGAGGUCCUGUGGUGGACUGCAGCCGUCUGUUUGACAAUGAUCUUCCAGAUGGCUGGGAGGAGAGGAGGACUGCGUCUGGACGAAUCCAGUACUUGAACCACAUCACACGCACCACACAGUGGGAGAGGCCUACCAGGCCUGCAUCAGAGUACUCCAGCCCCGGCCGACCGCUCAGCUGCAUCGUAGAUGAGAACACGCCCAUCAGCACGAACGGCGCCACGCCCACCACAGCGUUGCCGCCCGGCGACCAGCGGGCCCAAGAGAGACGAGUCCGAUCGCAAAGACAUCGCAACUACAUGAGCAGAACCCACCUGCACACCCAUCCAGACCUUCCAGAGGGAUAUGAGCAAAGGACGACGCAGCAAGGCCAAGUUUACUUUCUGCACACUCAGACAGGUGUCAGCACGUGGCACGACCCCAGGGUCCCCAGAGAUCUGAGUAAUGUGAACUGUGAGGAACUUGGUCCUCUACCACCAGGAUGGGAGAUUCGGAACACCGCCACGGGAAGGGUUUACUUCGUCGACCACAACAACCGAACCACGCAGUUCACGGACCCGCGGCUCUCGGCUAACCUGCAUCUAGUCUUAAAUCCAAGUCCAAACGGUUCUCGAGGAGGCAUUGAAAGUCAAAAUGUCAGUCGUCAGAACCAGAUGAAGGAUCAGGCCCAGCAGGCUCUGGUGUCCCCCAGUCAGCUCCCAGAGGAGGCAGAGUGCCUCACGGUGCCCAAGUACAAGAGGGACCUUGUUCAGAAGCUGAAGAUCCUCCGUCAGGAACUGUCCCAGCAGCAGCCUCAGGCCGGCCACUGUCGCAUUGAGGUGUCCCGUGAGGAGAUCUUUGAAGAAUCGUAUCGGCAGGUGAUGAAGAUGAGGCCAAAGGAUUUGUGGAAAAGGCUAAUGGUGAAGUUUAGAGGUGAAGAAGGCCUCGACUAUGGAGGAGUGGCCCGGGAGUGGCUCUACCUGCUGUCGCAUGAGAUGCUGAACCCAUACUACGGCCUGUUCCAGUACUCACGCGAUGACAUCUACACGCUGCAGAUUAACCCAGACUCUGCUGUCAAUCCUGAGCACUUGUCUUAUUUUCAUUUUGUGGGCCGCAUCAUGGGGAUGGCAGUGUUCCAUGGCCACUACAUAGACGGGGGCUUUACCUUACCCUUCUACAAACAGCUGCUGGGAAAACCCAUCACAUUGGACGACAUGGAGUCUGUCGACCCCGACCUGCACAACAGCCUUGUUUGGAUCCUGGACAAUGACAUCACAGGUGUGCUGGACCACACCUUCUGUGUAGAGCACAAUGCUUACGGAGAGAUCAUCCAGCAUGAACUCAAGCCCAACGGCAAAAGCAUCCCGGUCACCCAGGACACCAAGAAGGAGUACGUCCGCCUCUAUGUCAACUGGCGUUUUCUGCGCGGUAUUGAGGCUCAGUUCUUGGCUCUGCAGAAAGGCUUCAACGAGGUCAUCCCCCAACACCUGCUCAAGGCGUUUGACGAGAAGGAGCUGGAGCUGAUUGUUUGCGGUUUGGGGAAAAUUGACAUCAACGACUGGAAGUCCAACACACGGCUUAAACACUGCACUCCAGACAGCAACAUCGUCAAAUGGUUCUGGAAAGCCGUGGAGUCAUUCGACGAGGAGCGCAGAGCCCGGCUGCUGCAGUUUGUCACGGGAUCGUCAAGAGUUCCCCUGCAAGGUUUCAAAGCCCUCCAAGGCGCUGCCGGCCCACGGCUCUUCACCAUCCACCAGAUCGAUGCCAGCACCAACAACCUUCCCAAAGCUCACACCUGUUUUAACCGGAUCGACAUUCCUCCCUACGAGAAUUAUGACAAACUCUACGACAAGCUGCUCACUGCCAUCGAGGAGACGUGCGGCUUCGCGGUGGAGUGAGUCGCAGAUGCUAACAGGACUCCGCAACGACCAGAAGCAACAUGGCUUGACCAUGAAGAGCCACCGUCCACAAAUCGGUCCAUUCAGAAGGAAGGUGGAGGAAGGGGUGGGGGGGUGUCACUGAUGGUUGUUUUAACCAGAGAGGCUCAUACUCUGAGGGGACAUGUGGCUGAGCUAAGAUGUCUAGAAAAUAUCAUCUGACCUCCUUAAUAUCUUUUUUUUUUAUCAUUGAAAAGGAUUUCUUCAGCUGCUAAUAACUCUUUACUAACUUUUUUUUUUAAAAGGUCAUUUUAACAUUUAAAAGGAUAGAUUAUUCCAUGUAGCAACGCUCCGUCUUACCACGCUGAACACACGGUCAGUCCACUCUGAAACAAUAGCCACAUUUACCAGACUGGUUUGUUUGCUAGAGGGCAGGGUUAUCACCGGGUGCCCCAACCACUUGGGAAAAGACAAAAAAAACAAAACAAAACAAUGCAAAACACUAAAUUUGGGCCGUUUGGUGCCUCGAAGCGAACGUAAAGCCACGGAUGUAGACGUGUGGUGGGGGAUGAGAAGGCGAAACUAGCUGUCGACUCUUUACAACCUUCUCCAAAGACAACAGCAGGGACCUCUGCUCCUGAGCGCUGCAUUCCCAGAAACCCUGUUUCACACGUUUGACAGCUAGCUGUGUUUGGGGGGAAAAAAAAGAAGAGUAAAUGAUUGAAUAGCUUGAAAUGUGAUAUUUUUGUAUAACAGGGAAAAUUGAGAAACAAUAAAAUUCUAUAUAAUAUAUAUAAUUUAUUGCUCUUAUAUUUCAGAAACCCCUCUUUUUCCAUUGUUUGAGAAAAAUGUAAAUCUUUUACAUGUUACUGUUUAAAUUAUAGAAGAUAAUUUGUGAAAGCAGAGUUCAGCUUGACUGAAUCUCACUAAAAGGAUGCUGUGGUUUAUUUCUUUGUUGAAUCUCUGCUAUACAGCGAGAGGCUUGUAAAAGGAAAUUAAAAAAAAUGUCCUGAGUGCCAUAAUUGUUUUUAAAAGACUGAAUUUCUGCAAAAUUUUAAGCUGACCCUUUAAAUUCUUCUGGUUUUCAUCCUUGAGCUGCAUAUGGUGAUGUACAGAUCAGUUUUAGUUGGACUACUUUAAGGAGUCUACUAUUCAUAUAUAAUGGUAUUUUCUCAGAAGAGCUCAAAGUCCAUCUUUCUCUGCUUUGUUCUGCCUUCAUGUCAUAUUGGAAAAAGAAAAACCUUGACUACCUUCCAGCCAUGUGGUGCUAAAUAGCAUUGAAUUAUUUGUUUUGUAUUAUCGACUAUGCUCACUGACAUACUACUGCUGAAAAUGCACAGUACACUUACUCAUCCUCAUACCUGUUUGUGGUCAAAACCGCCCCAAGUGGCCACAUUCUCAGGAGAUGUCAUGUGUAGUUUGUGAUGUCAGAUUAAUUUAAAACUAAUCCUGGCCAUUUGCUUUGAUUUCCUCAAGGUUAAAGGGUUAAAUAAAAGAAGAAAAGUCUUGUCAUUUGCUUUGAUUGUGCCCACAGCAGACCAUUAACACACAGUAGUUGUUGCAUGUCUCCAUAUGUGCUUUUGGUUGGGACUGAGCGGAAUGAAACGAGCUGUUUUAAGCCUGCUUUACAGUCCUAUCAGUGAUGUUUUUAUGAGAGAAAGCGAGAUUGUUUUCUAUGAUGACAAAUGAAAUUCUUGAAUGUUUUUAAAAAGAUGCUGCCUGUCUAGCAAUCUCUUAAGACCGUGGACUGUUCUUAACAUUUGCAUACAAUAAAAAAAAAAAAAAAAAAAGUUUCUUUGACAAACGUAUGCAAAGUGAAAAAAAGUGUCCUCAGAUG